AUGCUCCCCCUCAAACUUACUGCCUCUCAUCUUCCUACAAACCCCGUGUCGUUCAUCACCCGCUCGGCUGCUCUCAAACUCGUGCAAUUAACCGAUGACAAAGCCGAGAUCUUCAAGCCGCUCAGUCCUCCGGAUCAGGCUGCCUACCUGGCCUAUUUGACGAGCUGGAAGGCCACAAAGACCGACGGGUCCGCCUGCGAUCCCGAAAGCGCCACAAAAUUGAGCAUGGAUGUCAAGUUCAAAAACUACAAGCAAACGACGCAGUUCAUCACCGAUGUGAUGGCCAUCUCUCAACCUCUGCGACACCAUGUGUGGUUUGAGAACCAUUACACCACCACCAAGGUGGUGCUUCAGACGGGCUAUCUCGAUAAGUUGACGGCCAUUGAUUUCCGCAUGGCCGAGCUCAUUCAAUUGUAUAGACAUGCUGCUGAGCAGAGCUGA